AUGGAACGACCAUCUCGAGCUGAAUACUUUGAACAACAAAUGUCUCGGCCACCAGCCGGUACUCAUCUACGGCCCAGAGGUGAAGUAGAACCCUGGAUGGUGAACGUGGAACCACCGGCGGCCUCGGAGGUUUACGACUGCAUAUGUUCUCUCAAGCGCCACCGAGCUCCCGGUCCGGAUGACCUUCCACCCGCACUGUUCAAAGACGGCGGUGAAGUCCUCAGUCAGCGCUUGUCCGAUUUGUUUGCUUGCAUUUGGAAAACGGAGUCUGUCCCAGACAACUGGGGAGAAUCGGUGAUAGUGCCCAUUUUCAAAAAAGGGGCGCGUACUAUAAUCUGCAUCCGUCCUGGUGACGCGGGAUUCCAGCCCACGGUCAACAGACGUCUACCCACUUAUAUCAUCGGUCAACAGCGAGACUUUCGAUAG